ACGGCGCCGCUGGAGUAGUAGAAAAAAGGGGCGAAACCGGUGGCAAGUAAAAGAUGACAUCAUGGGCGCGUGGCGGCAGCAGCAGCGCGGCCGCAUGUGGGCCGCCUCCCCGGCAUUCCGCAGGCAGCUCUUCCUGCUCCGCUCCCUCUCCCCUCCCUCCCCCUCCCCCUCUCCCUGCGCCGCCGCCCUCUCCACCACCACCACCUUCUCGUCGAGCUCCUUUGGGGUCCACGCGAUGGCGGCCCCGGUCUACGAGGCGGACGCGGAGGCGGUGGUCCGCCGGAUCACCCCGCCGCUCGACCGCGCGCGCCACAAGGGCCAGGCAGGGAAAAUUGCUGUAAUUGGUGGAUGUCGUGAGUACACUGGUGCUCCUUAUUUUGCUGCAAUUUCUGCCUUGAAAGUUGGUGCAGAUCUCUCACAUGUUUUCUGCACACGAGAUGCUGCAACAGUAAUAAAGAGUUAUAGUCCUGAGCUGAUUGUACACCCAAUACUAGAGGAAUCAUACAGUGUAAGCGAUGGUGAGAGAGAAUCUAUUUCUUCUAGAAUUCUCACAGAAGUAGCAAAGUGGAUGGAGCGCUUUGAUUGCAUCGUUGUGGGUCCUGGCCUUGGAAGGGACCCGUUUCUUCUGGAUUGUGUAAGUAAUAUCAUGAGACACGCACGGCAGGCAAAUAUUCCAACCGUUGUUGAUGGGGAUGGCCUUUUCCUUGUAACCAAUAACCUUAGUCUUGUUGAGCAUAACUCACUUGCCAUCCUAACACCAAAUAAAUACGAGUACAAGCGUCUUGUCCAGAAGGUUCUUAACUCUGAAGUAAAUGAAGAAAAUGCUUCUGAACAACUUACUGCACUAUGCCAAAAGAUCGGUGGCAUAACCAUCAUGCGGAAAGGUCAAGAAGAUAUAAUUAGUGAUGGCAAAACAGUAACACAAGUGAGUACCUUUGGUUCCCCAAGGAGAUGUGGUGGUCAAGGUGACAUUCUUUCUGGAAGUGUUGCAGUAUUUGCAUCAUGGGCGCAACACUUUCUCCUGUCAAAUGAGUACCCUACAGAGAAGAGCGUGAAUUCAAUGAUCCUUGGGUGCAUAGCUGGCUCUAUACUUCUUAGGAAAGCUGCAUCACUUGCUUUUGAGAAGAACAAGCGAUCAACUGUCACCACCGACAUAAUUGAGUUUCUGGGAAAAAGCUUGGAAGAUAUAUGCCCUGCUGGUCAUUAGAUUAGAUCUACCAUCAUUGGUGCUACUGCACCAUAACACUUGUAAUAAUGGUAAUCUAUAUGUUUGGAUCCUAGUAUCUACCUGCUUACGUACAUGUUUCUUGACCAUAAAAACGGUGUUACAAUGUUUGGCUAUGUUUAAUCUUCUUUUUGUUCAGAAGCAUUCGUCGGAAUUAACCAAGACACCAUAAAUGGGGCUUUCAUUUUGGAAAUUUUGCCUAAUUUGCUGCAGCACUAGAAUUUCUUGGCAUCAGAAGGAAAUGCUCCUGUUAUUGCCACGCUGAUUCCAGUUGUGCACAGUUUUGAGCGCCUUCGUCUGAGU